UAGGCGUCACUUUACGGCAGAGCGUGUGUUGCUGGAGGUCAGGGGCGUGAGGUAAAGACUCCUUAAUCUGUCAAGAAAAAGACGGGUAGACUCAUUUUAAAAAUCGUCAACUCUACAAAACACACCCUGCCGGGAUAUCGUCUGUUGGUGGCGGUGACAUUAGUAGCUCGUCGGCGAAUAGUUUGCUUUGUUUUUUAAAGUAUUGCGGCAGAGCUAGCGGCUGCUAACGUCAGUUUCGUCGGCUCGGCUACCAGGCUAGCAGCACCUUCCAGGGUCCAGUUUGACACCUGGCGUCUCACACAGACAUGGACAGCAACUCACAAGGAUCGGGGGGACUCAAGGGAGGCCUCGGGGGCCUUUUUGGAGGCGGCGCCCCCGAAUAUUCCAACACGGAGCUCGCCGGGGUCCCAUUGACAGGAAUGAGUCCUUUGUCCCCUUACCUCAAUGUCGACCCUCGUUACCUGGUUCAGGACACAGAUGAGUUCAUUUUACCCACCGGAGCCAAUAAAACAAGGGGAAGGUUUGAACUGGCUUUCUUUACCAUUGGAGGAUCCUGUAUGACAGGAGCUGCAUUCGGAGCUGUAAAUGGCCUUAGGAUGGGCCUGAAGGAGACCAGAGACAUGGCGUGGUCCAAACCACGUAAUGUACAGAUUCUCAACAUGGUGACGAGGCAAGGUGCUUCAUGGGCAAACACUUUGGGCUCUGUUGCUUUGUUAUAUAGUGCGUUUGGUGUGGUGAUUGAAAAGGCCAGAGGAGCAGAAGAUGACUUAAACACAGUGGCCGCUGGGACGUUAACGGGGAUGCUCUUUAAAGCCGGCAGUGGGAUGAAGGGUGUAGCUCGCGGAGGUCUGGCCGGUUUAGCCUUGUCUUGUGCCUACGCCCUCUACAACAACUGGGACCAUCUCACCGGCUCCUCCUCGUCCUCCUCCUCCAGGCUGUACUGAACUCUCCCACCACAGCUGCUUCAACAUUAGGGCCAAAUACCUCGAGCACACAGCCUUUAACCACAGCGCUAAGAGGAAUUAGACUCUGGUCAAAUGCUGUGUACUUUGAAGGGAAGUGUGAGUUGGCCGCAGUUCUCUGGUUUUCCCCACCAUAACCACUUUCCAGGAGCAUUCUGGGAAGUCAAAGACGUACCUGAAAAAUAAAAUGCAGAUUAUUCCACUGGAAAACCAGACUGUCCCAUCACACCUCCCCUUUCAUUUUCUUUGUCGUCCUCUGAGGGAUUCACGUCACUGAUCUGUUCAAUAAUGACAACGCCCUGUGAGGAUGUGUUGUAGAGGUUUGGGAUUUGUUAUAUAAUUGUUAUUGGGAGGCUUGUUCGUCUCCUCUGAUGCUCGAUUUAAAUAAUAAGGGAACCCAUGACGUUUGGGUUCAAAGGUGACCUUUGACAUCUGGUGCGUGGUUCACGAGAUGCACAACAACAGUGGAUUCAUAUUCUGAUUUUGGACUGAAGGAAUCUUCUCUAGUAGAAGACCUGCAAACACAAGCAAAGCCUUACGGUCAGUUUUACUCUCGUAUUUAUUGAAACAUGUCUGCAGUGGGUUCUGUUUUUACUGUCGGGAAGAAAUCACUGUAAAGCUGUACUGGAAGUUUGUGCUGUUUAUGUGUCUCCAUCAAACCCUCAUAAAAAAAUAAAAAACAUGCAAAAUAUUCAUAAA